UGCACAGCCAUCACAGCUCGUAAGAACGUCGGACAGUACGGACAGUGGUCGGUGCCUGGAGCCUUCAGAGCUGCAUCAGUAGAGAGUGUGUUCUCCCGUACCGGAUCGGUCGGAUCGUGCGUGUUGGUGAGUGUGCAGAACGUGUACGUGUGUCUCGUGAGUGUUCCAAGGUCCUUUGUGACGCGGAUUUGCGGAUCCCCUGUUCCAAUCCAUUAACUUUUUGUGGUAACGAAUUCGUUCUUGUUACUAAAACGGUCAAAAAGAGUGCCAAGUACAAGGGAACGAGUGUUAGUGUCACCAGAGGACUGUUACAUAACCGAGCAUUCCAGCAAGUGAAAAGCUAUUAGUGAAACAAGCGCCAUCCUUGCCCUCACGUUCUGCCAAACACGAUCCCCGCUGAGAACAGCUCAUUGAUUAGCUCUACGGCCAGGACAGACACACACAGCGGCCACAAUGACGUCGAUAAACGUGGACAAAUACAAGCUGUCCGACAAAACGGCGAAGCUUACGGCUAAAGACAUCAUUCCGUGCGUACAGUCGUCCGAUUCCGCCGAAACGCGUGAGUUUCUGAACAAAAUCGCCGAACUGCUGGUCGACUAUGUUAACGUACAGAACGACCGGAAGGAGAAGAUCCUCGACUUUCACCAUCCGGAGGACAUGAAGAAGCUGCUCACGCUCGACAUUCCCGAGGAUGCGGUCACGCUGCAGCAGCUGGUAAAGGACUGCGCCAUGACGCUGAAGUACCAGGUGAAGACGGGACAUCCCCAUUUCUUCAAUCAGCUGUCGUGCGGGCUGGACGUGGUCUCGAUGGCCGGCGAGUGGCUAACGGCAACGGCCAACACCAACAUGUUCACGUACGAGAUCGCGCCCGUCUUCAUCCUGAUGGAGAACGUCGUGCUGUCGAAGAUGCGCCAGAUUAUUGGCUGGGAGGGUGGCGAUUCCAUCCUGGCGCCCGGUGGUUCCAUCUCGAACCUGUACGCGUUCCUGGCCGCCCGGCACAAGAUGUUCCCGAACUACAAGGAACAUGGCGCCCGUGCCUUACCCGGUGAGCUGGUAAUGUUCACCUCGGAUCAGUGCCACUACUCGGUUAAAUCGUGCGCCGCCGUCUGUGGGCUCGGUACGGACAACUGCGUGAUGGUGCCGUCCGAUGAGCAUGGCCGGAUGAUUGCGACGGAGCUGGAGCGGUUGAUUGUGGAGCGGAAGGCACGUGGUCAGAUACCGUUCUUCGUGAAUGCGACCGCAGGUACGACGGUGCUCGGUGCGUUCGAUCCGAUCAACACGAUUGCCGAUAUUUGCGAGAAGUACAAGUGUUGGUUCCACGUUGAUGCUGCCUGGGGUGGUGGACUGUUGCUCUCCCCCAAGUACCGUCAUCCGCGCUUCGAUGGCAUUGAAAGAUGUGACUCGAUCACAUGGAACCCUCACAAGCUGAUGGGUGCGCUGCUGCAGUGUUCAACGAUUCACUUCAAGGAGGAUGGUCUACUGAUUAGCUGCAACCAAAUGUCGGCCGAGUAUCUGUUCAUGACGGACAAACUGUACGACAUCAGCUACGAUACGGGCGAUAAGGUGAUCCAGUGUGGCCGGCAUAAUGACAUCUUCAAGCUGUGGCUGCAGUGGCGCUCGAAGGGCACGGAAGGGUUCGGUAAGCACAUGGACCACCUGAUGGAGCUGGCCGAGUACGAGGUGAAGCGCAUCAAGCAGCAGUCGGACAAGUUCUACCUGAUCAUGGAACCGGAGUGCGUCAAUGUGUCGUUCUGGUACAUCCCGAAGCGUCUCCGCGGCGUUCCGCACGAUGCCAAGAAGGAGCAGCAGCUGGCCAAGAUCUGUCCGAUCAUCAAGUCGCGCAUGAUGCAGUCCGGUACGCUGAUGGUCGGCUACCAGCCGGACGAUCGCCGUCCGAACUUUUUCCGCUCGAUCAUCUCGUCCAUCGCGGUCACCGAGGCCGACGUGGACUUUAUGCUGAACGAAAUCGAUCGUCUCGGACAGGAUCUGUAAGAGGUUCGAGUAUCGCGAAGAGAGAAAACAGUCCCCUGGACGGACGGUGGGCGACUCUGUCUCUAGCUCCACCCGGUUUAACGAACAACUAAUGGAGAGCAAGCGCGAGACAUUUUAAUCAACCAAUGAGUAUCAGUUAUGAAGACAUAUCAAAUAUCUUCAACAAGUUGUUGUGUUUUUUUCCCCCUGAUAUGCCCCCCCCCCACCCCUUACUGCGAAGGUACAAACUUGUUUGAGUGUAGAACGUGUGUUUUUGUUUUUAAAACAAAUCCUCGGAAUGUUUAGCAAACUGUUAUCGGUCGAUCGUCGGUAGGUCACAGCUCAUUCUGUCAAAGACAUGGUGGGAAUGGUAUUAGCGUAAUUUAGGUAUUCUGUUCCGUUCAGUUCCAGGUACCUUCCAACGGUGCUCAGCGCCAGCAUUUAACGCUUCCCUGUGUUAUAGUCCCAAUGUAAGCAAAUGACAAAAAAAAAACACUAUUUACUGAACCUUGACUGUUGAAUCCCCCCGGGGU